AUGCUUCCGAUGACAGCUGUUGCGCUCUAUGAAGGCUUACAUGGUUUGAAUCGAACUCCGCUCGUGAUGUUUUCAGACGAGAGGGGCCAUCCUGAGCCGACACGGUCGCCGGCUCCGGAUGAAACAUCACAAGCUUCGGACGCGUCGAGUGCUGCGUCCCAGACGAAUGCGUCGACCGAUGGGAACUGCUCCGACGAAGAGCUCCUGCUCACUCUCGACUCAGAUUCGUCCGACAUCGAGGACACUACGGAAAAGGAAGCCGAGACGAAGGAAAGAGACAUCGGUGGAAGGGAGUCGCGGGAGCAGGAAGAAACAGAUCCUUUCUCGUCCCUCGAAGUCCGUCUCAGCGAUCAAUCCCUCACGCCUACUCCGCCUUCCGAAUCACCGUCGCCUGGCCCACACGCCCUUACUCAAACUAUCUCGUCGGAAGAGGCUGUGGAAUGGCAGUCGCAGCCCGUUCGCGAGAGUCAACCGUGCGAAGGAGACUCCGACGAUCGUCUGCAUGAGACCGGAGCCAGCAAGGGAAAUGCCGAGCGAAGAGCCGAAAGCGAUCGGGUCGACGAUCGGGUCGAUAUCGUGUCGAUACCUGAGAGUACAUUCGACUUCUGGGACAUUGUCAAGGAUGAGCCUCCGAAGAAAUAUCCGCAGAAGAUUCAUUUCUGUGAGACUUUCAGCGAAGUCACGUUUUUCAAAGGCGAGCCCGCUUCCAAAGGGCUGUGUGGUAUCAGGCGGAAAAAAGAGAGCGAACGGGAAAUCAUGCGGGAGGAGUCCGUCGCCGCAGAGUGGUUUCUCGAGGAUUUUCCUUUUGAAGAUAUCCUCUCCAACGAACCCGACGAGGUGGAGAGCAGCGCGAGCAAAGCUCACGGAUCAGGUGCGUCCAACACUCCGGCAAGGAUGGAGGUCCCCAGCAGGAAACGUCCCUGGACCGAAAUUCCCCCCGGGGUGCUAAUAGCUCUCGAGAGGAAGGAGAAAGUUGAUCAAUUCUGCCAAGGCAUCGGGGAAGAGCUCACAACCAUGCUCGUCUCCGUGGAAAGUAGGAUGAGAGCCCGGAUCGAGAGAAUUAGGGCAAAGUGCGCGAGACUAGCAGAACUGGAAGAGAAAAUUCUCCCGACGGCGUCGAUGGAAUCCAGCGUCGAGAAGCUGCGUGCCGCAGCCGAUACGACUCGAUCUGCGAUCGAGAGCUUGCGAUCGGAGAAGGAGCACUCCACCUUCGAGGCGGCGCUCCUCGAGACGCACCUGAGACUUUUCAAUAGAGUUUCGGAGGAAACGGAAGCGCAGCUCGAGAGGAACGACGCGGAGCUUGCCGAAGUCGAAAAGAGCUGUGAGGACUUCGAGAAAAACAUCGCAAGAAGCAAACGAGUUCUGGAGGGGAAUUCCGAGAGUUCCGAGCUCAUGGGGGACCUUGGUGCGGCUCUGCGAACUCGAGAUUCGUUGCAAGCAGAGCUCGAAUCCGUCCGAAGGCGAAUCAAGGAGCUGCGCGACAUCAUCGACUCACCGGACUCACUGAAAGUCAAAAGAAUCAUGGUGGCUCUACGCCAAGCAACGGACAAUCUCGUAGCAAUUAGAGGACAAAUAUCAGAUAUCGAGGCUGAGCCGUCCGACGGAGGAAAUCCGGAGGUGGAACCCAAUGUGCGAGUGUCGAUCUGCCGAUUGGAGGAUUUGCUGAAAUCAAUCUCUCGCAGAACCCUCUCCACACAGACAGAACUCGCGAUGAGCCUUGUCAAGAGCCUCGCGAUCAACAUUCCGCCCGAAGUUGGAGAUCCGACUCCGCCUCUAUCGAAUGGAUCGCAUAGGUCGUAA